UUGAUUUCUGUGUCAUGCUGUCCUCAGUCCGCGUGGCACAUUCGAGUGAGUGUCAGGGGAACUAUUACAGUUGAGAUAAACUUUGGUCCAUGUUGUCUGGAACCAUUUGACUUCAGUAAAUCAGCGGAGAAUCAGAUUCCAUCCGAGAGCUGCUGGUUCCUACAACAUCAAAAAUGGGUUCCACCGCUGCACCUGUGAUUUUUACCUCCUCACCCACCAACAACGGCUCCACCUGCAACACCCUUUACAACCACCGGACCUACGCCAGGGUCUUCAUGCCCAUUCUGUAUUGCACUAUAUUCGUCGUGGGCCUUCUCGGGAACUGUCUCGCCCUCCACGUCAUCCGUCCCAACCUGAAGAAAAUGAACUCCACCACCUUAUAUUCCCUCAACCUGGUCAUGUCCGACAUCCUCUUCACCCUCACUCUGCCCUUCAGGAUUGUCUACUAUGCUCUGGGCUUCAACUGGGUUCUGGGCGAGACGCUGUGCAAGAUCUCGGGCUUCAUCUUCUACAUCAACACCUAUGCAGGGGUCAACUUUAUGACCUGCCUCAGCGUGGAUCGCUUCAUUGCUGUGGUCCUGCCCCUGCGUUUCGCCCGACUCAGGAGGGUCAGCAACGUACGCUACAUUUGUGUUGGCGUUUGGCUGCUGGUCCUGGCACAGACCCUCCCCCUCCUCGGCAUGCCCAUGACCAAUGUGGAAGACGACAAUUUCAUUACCUGCAUGGAAUACCCCAACUUUGAGAAGGUCGACCACAUUGCCACUAUACUGAUUGGUGCUGUCUUCUUGGGUUACUUCAUCCCGGUGAUCACCAUCCUUGUGUGUUACACCGUCUUAUGUUCCAAACUCCACUUAACAGCCAAGAACAACCAUUUGACAGAAAAGUCUGGCCGCAGUCGCAAGGUCAUCGGCGUGAUCUGCUGUGUGUCCCUGGUGUUUGUCGUCUGCUUCAGCCCCUAUCACAUCGACAUCCUGCAGUACAUGAUCCGCAAGCUGGUGUCGAGCCCUGACUGCGCUGAUCUCACAGCCUUCCAGGUGUCGCUGCACAUCACGGUGUGUCUGAUGAACCUCAACUCUUGCUUGGAUCCAUUUAUCUACUUCUUCGCCUGCAAGGGCUACAAGAGGAAACUGAAGAAGCUGCUGAGGCUGCAGGUCAGCAUGUCCUUCUCCAGCGUGGUGAGGACGUCACCCGAAGGCUCCUCCAAGGAUAUUAUUGAUGGCAACAAGGUCCCACUCAACAGCACCACUGCGGGUGCAGCCAGCGAGAGACUCAUAGAGAGGAGGUUAAACAAGAGCGAGCAAAGUGAAGCACUGAACCACCAGGAGUUAAAUAAGAUGUGAGAAACUUUUACUUCUAUUUCAAUCAGGUCUCCCAGAAACUGAUCGCAACAUUGAUAUGGAGGCGGUCAUGUCGUCAUGGAUUCUAAGCCAAUGGGAAUUCAUUCAUAUUGGACCAGAUUAGUUUACAGAAGUGAAGAACAUCAACAUCAUAAAGAAAAGAAAAGUGUUCUUGAAAAAUAGAAUAAGUCGUCCGGUCAGUAAACUGAUGAGGCAGACCACUGAAAAAGACCUGAAAGAGACAUCGAUGAACAUGUGGGACAUUUUUGAAAUUGACAAUUUAAUAUUUACAGUCAAACCUCACAACGGAUCCAUCCUCAUACGUUUCUUUUUUAGGAAGUGAGUUGUUAAGGUGGAAGUGAAAUCAGACUCACAAACUAAGAUUCAGUUCACCACUCAGCUGUCAAAUCUCAGGAAAACUGAGGAACUGUACGUUUAUCAUCUCAUCAUCGGCACAAUCACAUCAUCGUCUCAGCUGCUUUAGAGUUAGUUUAAAUGGACGUGAACAUUGGUAUACCAAAAAUGAAAAUUCACUCAUUAUCUAUUUACCACUAUGCCGAUGGAGGGCGCCUAGUGAAGUGUUUGAAUCCAAAAAACUAUUUUGGAGUUUGAUGGGUAAACAGCAUUGCAGCCAAAUCAAAUAUAACUGAUGUAUCUGGUGGCCACUUCUUCAAACAUAAAAAAACUAACUAAAAUGUCUCAUACUGCUCCUGUGGGGACAAAGUGUCCAUAAGCCACAACAUUCAAAUUCGACUUGAAACAGUAUCUUUUACAUCUUGUUUUUAGCCUAAAUGUCCUCUGAUACCUUCCUCCUAGUUACUGCUGCAGUUUUCGCUAAAACUCUGCAUAGGGUCUUGAUUGCCCCCUGGUGGCUAUAUGUGUAGGUCAAUUAUCCCGCCCUUUCCAUUUUAACAAAUGUGACUUGGACUAAGCUACAAAGUACACACAAAAUAAUUGUUUCCCUUAGAUGGUUUCCGUCAUUUGUCGUGGGAGCUCUUAUCACACUGAUGCAUGCUGAAGUGGUAAUAAACAAAUGUCUAAUGGAUGUGUAUCUGUAUUAUCUUUAGAUACAUGACCCUGAUAAGGAUGUAGAAAUGCAUAUGUGGCUUGUUUAGAAGCUUUACUGUUAUAAUGUGAACUUUCCCUGUCCGCUUUUCUUUGCAAGAUCGAGGCCAGCCUGUCAACCAUAGGUGGCCCGAAUUAGUUUUUUUUGGACCAUGAUCACCAUUUACCACAUGGUCCACAAGGUUCACACCUUUCCUAGACCACAACCCCUUUGCUAAGAAAAGGCCCAUAUUUGUUUUGAGAUAGUCACUGUGCCUCAACAAGGCUGUCCCAUUCUGAAGGCUCCUUCCUUGUCCUACAUGAGGAUCCUUCCCAGCCCAAAGUAUCCCAGGAUUCAUUGGGGCUUCAGUGACAAAAAGUUUAUCAAAGAGGCAAUGAUGCCAGAAACCACAAACCCCCCGACAUAUAUAGAGUAUAUAGUUUAGACAAUGAAGGGCCAUGAAGGCUUCACACUUCAUUUACUGUAAUGCAUUAAAAACCAACCAGUGUUGUGUGAUUGACAGAUACCUCUGAAUCAUACUCUUCACUCUCCUCCUCCUCAUCUUCCUCACCACCAAUUUGUUCAUAAGUUUGAAUGUAUUGAAAUAACAUCUGAAAUAAAAUAACAUUUUUGUGUAUGUAUGUAU